UUUCACAUAACCUAUGAAGCAUAGAAGUAACAAAAACAAAGAUAAAAGUUCUUUGAUGGCGAUGGCAAUUUGGCAAAGGGAAAUAUGGAAAAUUAACACUGUGAUCGUGUGAAGUGAAGAAAGGAUAAAUUCCAGUUAAAUUACAUUACAUGAAAAUUUGGAAUUACAUGAAACAAUGAUGAACUUGGCCUGCUAAAACAUCAAACCUCAAUUGGUAAACAUGAGUGGUGUGAUAUUUUAAUAAUAUUAUAAACUAUUGUUUAACCAAACAAAAUGGAUUUUGGUGAUGUGUAUUCUGGUCGUUACGUAAGUCUUAGGUGCCUGGGCGUAGGAGCUCAAGGAAUGGUCUGCACGGCUUUAGACAAUGAUACUAAGCAGCAUGUGGCCAUUAAAAAACUAUCAAGACCGUUUCAAAAUGUUAUUCACGCUAAGCGUGCAUAUCGGGAGCUAAAAUUGAUGAAACUGGUAAAUCACCCAAAUAUAAUCAGAUUGCUGAAUGCAUUCACACCGCAAAAGACUCUGGAAGAGUUUCAAGAUGUCUACCUGGUAAUGGAGCUGAUGGAUGCUGAUCUGUGUCAAGUGAUACGGAUGGAACUGGACCAAGAGCGCAUGUCCUAUCUGCUCUAUCAGAUGCUCUGUGGCAUCAAGCACUUACAUUCAGCCGGCAUCAUACAUAGAGAUCUGAAGCCGAGUAACAUAGCAGUCAGCACAAGCUGUUGUCUCAAGAUUCUUGACUUUGGUCUGGCUAGAACCGCCGGCACCUCAACAAUGACGCCAUACGUGGUCACAAGAUAUUAUCGAGCUCCUGAGGUAGUUCUUGAAAUGGGCUAUAAGGAAAAUGUAGACAUCUGGUCUGUAGGAUGUAUUAUGGCAGAGAUGAUCAUUGGUGAAGUAUUGUUUCCUGGAUCUGAUCACAUUGACCAAUGGAAUAAAAUUAUUGAACAAUUGGGAACACCAUCUCAGGAUUUCAUGAUGAGACUGCAACCAUUCACUCGAAAUUUCGUUGAGAAUCGACCUGAGUAUCCUGGCGUCUCUUUCGAGCGUCUCUUCCCUGAUGAGAAGUUUCCAUCUGACAACAAUACGGAGUAUGGUCGUCAAAAGAUCUUACAAGCACGCGAUCUUCUUUCGAAAAUGUUGGUGAUUGAUCCUGAACGAAGAAUAUCUGUCGAUGAAGCCUUAAAGCAUCCAUACUUUGGUACCUGGUAUGAUGAAAACGAAGUGAAUGCUCCAGCUCCUGGAUUGUACGAUCAUUCAGUUGAUGAGUGCGAAAAUACAUUGGAGCAAUGGAAGGAACUGAUUUACAAGGAAGUCAUGGAGUAUGAUGCAAUCAAUGGGACAAAAUCAUUGGAUUUGAAUUCAAAUCGCACAUGAGGUUCAUAUUAUUUUUAUCAUUAGGACGAAUAUGCAUUAGUAUAUUCAUCAAGUAUUAUGAAUUGAAUAAUACGCUUAUAUUCAUUAUUUUCUACCUGUUGGAAAUCGAACAUUUUCCUGUUAUUGUUAAAUCGUAAUAUUUCCAUUUAUAAUUUUGUAUUGCUUAGUUAUUGUUAUAAAAUCAAUGUAUUUAAUUAUGUUAUACAUAUGCUCAUAUUAAAGUGAAUUGUGAACUUGACAAAAAAAAA